AAUCUGACGUGUACAUCUGUUUUAUGGAUGUUGAGCUAACCAUCAAUCUGCGGAACCUACAUUUCCCGCCAGUUGAGUCUGGAUAUGGCUAUUGUUGCCGCUCCCUUCAUUUGUUUAACCCAAUUCGAAAAACCUAGGUUUAGUAGUUCCUCUGUUUCACUCAUACAAAGAAACAACAGAGCAAGGAUCGUUUCUUCAUCCACGAGAAGAAAAUUGGUUCCUGUGUUAAGUAAAUUGGAAGAUGAUGGAGACAAAUUAGACCAGAACAGCUUAAAAGAGGAGGAAGAGGAGGUGGAAAAGAGUUUAGGGAUAAAGGCAGCUCUAUCAAUGCUCAAGUUCUACAAAAGAGAAAUCUCUAUGCCGAAUAGUUGUCGAUAUGUGCCAACUUGUAGUGAGUACUCAAUGGAAGCAUACAAAAAAUAUGGGGUGGCAAAGGGCACCAUAUUAACAGCUUGGCGUCUUUGUCGUUGCAAUCCUCUUGGUGGAUCUGGUUUUGAUCCUCCAAGAUGGUUUGAUGAGAAAAACCCAUUAGAAGAAUGAGACACUUUUAUGUAAUCUCUGAACAAUGUUUGGUGUGCUUCUUGCUUAGGUAAGAGUCUUUGGUUGUUAGGAAGCUCAAUUGGAAAGGAGUAUCAGUUCGGUUAUUAUGAUAAUGAUGAAACUGUCUUACCCAGGUUUAGACUUCUCCAAGGUCUUAAAGAUCUUCCCAACAACUCUCAAGAAAGCAGUAAGUACAAGUGAUUCUUUCUCCACAUUAUGUAGCUCUGCCGUUAUUAUUAGAUAUAGUUUGAGGACCUUUAUGGCUAUGACGAGUAAUCAGAAACUGUACAAACUGUAUGAGACCUUUAAGAAAUCCAAUUAGUCAAAUUAUCCAUCUAAUGAACUUGUUGAUAUGCAAUAAUGUAUUAAUUCAUUCCUCCA